AUAACUGAGAAUGUAAGGGCAGCGCUUGACUCUGCAGCUUGAGCAGGCUGUGUGCUAAGUGCAACUCCCAAACAUACCCUAUAAAUAGCCGUUCAUUGUCAGCGUGUGUGAAAAGACAAGAGUGAGUGUGUGGUGCUGUGAUUCAGGCCUAAUUAAGAAGUUGCGUCUGCGCAGGGCUAUAAGCGACUAGCUGCUCCAACUGAUAAUCUAGUCAGGAGACAACUGCGAGGGUUUCGCCACGGGCUGGACAUAGACCGAAGGGGAGCUGUUCGAUGCUGUUUCUGCCUCCAGUAUGGCAAAAAUCAUCCUGAGGCACCUCAUAGAGACUCCAGUGCGUUACGAGGAGGAGUUUCAAGCUCGCGGUUUGGAAGACUGCAGGCUGGAUCACGCCUUAUAUGCGCUGCCCGGGCCAACCACCGUGGACCUGGGAAAAGCCCGGGCAGCCCAGCCUCCUCCAGCGGACUCAGCGGCAGAGAUACCGCCUCAAGCAGGCAAAUCCCGCUUCCAGAUCCUGCUGGACGUGGUCCAGUUCCUCCCCGAAGAUAUCAUCAUUCAGACCUUUGAAGGCUGGCUGCUGAUUAAGGCUCAACAUGGAAACAGAAUGGACGAGCAUGGUUUUAUCUCAAGAAGCUUCACCCGACAGUAUAAACUGCCAGAUGGCAUUGAAACCAAAGAUUUGUCCGCGAUCCUCUGUCACGACGGAAUUCUGGUGGUGGAAGUAAAGGAUCCAGUUGAGACCAAGUGAAAUCUUACUGGUUCCCUAUCGUACUACCAGGAGGAAGACUACGGUUCAGCCGAUGAAGGGUACCAUGGGCAUGUUUGUAUUACCCACGUUUGAAAUGAUUUUUAUGAAGAUUAAAAAUAUAGACAUAGUUCCUGGUAU